GUACAUCUGAAAUAUCACAGCUCUGCCUUUGUCCCCCUCAACGACCCUGACCCAAUUAAUCUCAAUAAUAUGGAGUCAUGCACGUAUACAUAUUAACACUUAUACAUUUAAUGUCUAUGACCUUCUCAGAGUUUUGCAGGAACUCUAAUUACACGGGCUUUACCCUGUAGCUCUCCAACUCCCCUCAUCCCCUUGCCCAUUUCCACCUUCUACUCCUUUUCCCCGAGCCUUCUCUUCACCCAAUGGUGUUUAAGCAGUAAUUUGUCAUCUCCCUCUGAGCGUAACCAAGAUGAGAUGGCAGGCCCUCAGGGUGGCUAGCCGAUACCACCUGAGCAACCCGCAAUUCCCCUUACGUAACUGCUGCAGGUUCUGAGGGGGGAGGAAGGAACAAUGGAAUACUCAGCUGGGGAAUACAGAAAUGAAAAGAAAAUAAAAAAGCUAAGAUUCCUCCAAGGGGAAAGAGAUGCAUUAAUCAUAACAAUACCUUCAGAAGACAACAUUACAUCAGCAGCUGGGGAGGACAGGACAGGCACUCAGGAGGAGUAGGCACUAGGCAGUCAGCACCACUAAAUCUAAAGCUAUAGGCAGAUCUUGCUGGAGGGGGCCCUGCCUGUACUGCCUGCCAGGGCUUCCCACGCCGCAGAUCAGCCCUGGGCACACAGCACAGGCAAACCAAGAACAUCUCCAUCUCAUUCUCAGGUCCCCCGAGAUGUUUUCCCAAGGAACACUCUCCAACAUCACAGUGGAGAAUUCCACUAGGUCACGAGAAGAGAGAUGAGGACUGUGGGAAAAAUGUGCCUACUAAACAAACAAAACUGAGUCUUCACUGUUUUUACACUAAAUGUAAAAACACUCAAAAUGUCUGAUCACUUGGUACAUUUGGGAGUAAAUGUAGGCCUUGCAAGUUAAGCAUUUCACUGUACUUGUGCAUGUGACAAAUAAAACUUGACCUUCAACUAAUAUAGAAAACAUUAUACCAACCCUGGGUAAUUUCACAUUAUGUCUUUUUUCCCCCGUGAUGGUUUACAAAUGUUCUGCAUGUUAAAAAUGGGCAUGCCCAAACAUGGAACAAGAUUGUGUUGAUAACUACAUGGCACUUAUCAGAUGACACUUCUGACCAUAACUGAAUAACAAGGCUUCUACAAAAUGAUGAGCACAAAAGCAAUUACACCACGAAAUAAAGAAUAUGCAAAUUGAACAAUAAAAUCCCUCAUUUCAGGAAAGGACAAUCUCAACGUCCAGUCAUGCCUUGGAGCUAUACUGUGGAGGACUGAGCUAUGAGGUGAGAAAAUUAGGAACCAUGCUUAUAAUAGCCUGCCAUGUCUUCACACAUCACAGCAUCACACAUCACUCCCUGGGUACAUGUUAACUGCGGUUCCUCACCCCACUCUCUCCCCUCCCUGUUAUUUAUUUAUUUGAUUCCCCAUAGAACAACAUCAGAAUCAGCGUCGGUAAAACACACUCAAACACACUACUGUGUAGAAUUAAUGUGGAUAUUUCUCAUCCUGCCGCAGCAACCCACAAGGGCCUGGAGUAUGAAGUCUUAAGGUCAGCAGCAGCGCCAAGUCAGAAAUCACUGCGAACAACCUGACGCGUCAAAAGGAGCUCUGCACCAGCCGAGUCCAUUGGAGCCGGCACUGAGCUGAGGGGCUGAGGAUCGGCUGCUGCCAGCUCUAGCACCAGAAUCCUCUACAGCUGUCUGGGGUGAGGAGCUGAGGUGCCUGGCUGGGUGGAUGGUGCCUGGAGGAGGGGGGGGCACGGCAGCAGGAGGAGAAUGGCAUCCACAGGCAUGCAGAUCUUCGCCUUUGUCCUGGCGCUGCUGGGCAUCAUGGGGGCCAUGGUGGCUACGCUGCUGCCCAAUUGGAAGGUGAGCGCCGAUGUGGGUUCCAACAUCAUCACGGCCAUCUCCCAGAUGCAAGGGCUGUGGAUGGACUGCACCUGGUACAGUACCGGCAUGUUCAGCUGCACCUUGAAGUACUCAGUGCUGUCGCUGCCCGCCUACCUGCAGACUGCCCGCACCACCAUGGUGCUGUCCUGUGUGAUGGCUGCCAUGGGCCUGUGCCUGGCCUCCCUGGGGCUCAAAUGUACCCGCUGGGGGGGCAGCAGGCGUUCCAAGAGGCACGCAGCCAUCGCCAGCGGGGGCUGCUUCAUCGCUGCUGGCUUCCUGUGCCUGGUGCCCGCUUCCUGGUUCACCAAAGAGGUCAUCACUAACUUCCUGGACCACAGCGUGCACGAGAGCAAUAAGUUUGAGCCCGGGGGGGCCGUGUACGUGGCCUUCCUGUCGGCAGGCUUCCUCUUUGUGGGGGGGUCCAUCUUUUGCGUGUCGUGCUCGGGGAAGAGGCCCGGCCACCAGGACAUGAUAUUGCUGCCGCCCCCUGAUAAACUCUUACUGCAGCACCAACAGCAGCUCCUACAGCAACAGGACCAGCUCCAGCACCAGUACUGCUCCCUCUCCCCACUAGACAAUAAGACAGGCUACAGUCUGCAGGACUAUGUGUAGGCUAAAGCAACACGCCAUGCGCUACUGUUAGGCAGACCAGUUUGGGAAAACCGCUGCGUCUUACAUGUAGUAAACCAACCAAGCUCUUAAAGAUUAAGAGAUGGAGGAGGAGGAAAUGAGAGAGGAGGGGAAGGACUUUGGUGUUUUUUUCUCUCCCCUCUUUUCUUUCUUUACUUCCUGUUCUAUGAGCACAAGCAGUGGAUGUAUUCCCUGAGCAGCCCCUUGGAACAGACAGACGGAUGAUGAAUGUGAAAUGCAGCUCAGCCGGGGGACGAAGGAAGGCGCUGCAGAAUGGGAGGGGAGCCGCAGCUGAACAAAUGCAGAUACCCCAGCAAUCAUCAGUAAAUCAUAUUAGCUCCCGGGGGAAUGGGUUAGCUGAUAGCAAGCCUCCCGUACACUUCCUUUUCUUCACCAAAGGUUUGAAUUGAUAAGCAUUCAUUUAGUUUGGUAAGUCAGCAAUAUUGAUAUUAUUGUCUCAAAAGAGGCAAUAACAGUACGUGGAAUUCCCUUUUCAUUAGCAGGCCAUUGUAGUUUUCAACCAUCCACUAGAUAUGGUAGUUGUUGGGACUGAUUUAAUAAAUUGUCUUAUUUUUGGUAGCGAAUAGACUGAUUGAUAUUUUGCCUAAGCAUGCUGUCUGGAGCCUGUCUGUGUAUAAUGCAGAGGAAUGCCUGCCUGGUAGCGACUGAGACGUACGUAGUGUAACCAACACAAUGCCUGUUAGAGACUGAGACGUACGUAGUGUAACCAACACAAUGCCUGUGCUUAAAAAUAUGUAGUACAUUAUCCUUCCCGGGGAAAUUGUUCAAAGAGGACUGUCAGGAUGAGUAAAUAGGGUGCUGGGCUUGGAGAUGGAACAGAACUGCAGACAAACCGAACCCUGGAUCUCACCCUGCAAGUAGAGAGAGACAGAGAGGGAGAGAGAUUGAGAGAGACAGACAGAGAGAGAGAGAGAUAGAGCCUCCUCCCUCCAUUAGAGUGGACUGUCUGACAUGUUUCUUGUUGCAUUCCCAUUUAGCUCCAAAAACAAAAACAAGCUGCCAUCUUCAGAUAGGCUACACGCUACUGAUUGUAUGCAUUAGGCAUACAAAUUAACACACACACACCCACAGACAUACUGUUCACACCCACAUAUAGAGUACACAAUUAUACACAAAACACACACACACACAGAUACAAAAACCCACACAUACACACAGAUACAGAAACUCCCAUACACAUGCUCACAAACACACAGAAACAUAGACUGUACCCUUUGACACACUGGGCUGCAUGUGCUUUUCAUCCUGCUGUCCGCCUCCUCACUGCCAUGGAAACGGAAUCCUGUGCCCUAAUGUCUUUAUUGUCUGGGGUGUGUGUGUGUCAUUCAGUGCUUUGAGGUUGGUGAGGGGGGCAUCUCUCUCGCUCUCUCUCUGCAUGGCCCCAUAAGCCUUGUGCUUAUAUCCAUAUGUGACUUGUUUACCAAGGGCGUCAGCAGUGCAUAUGCUACCGUUUAAUACCUGCAGGAGACCCUGCAGCUGAAGUUCAAGGACAUUCUAUGUACCAUUCUGUUCUUUCCUUCCUGUCAACCUCUCUCUUUUACCAUUUCUCUCUACCUAUAUCCCCCUUUUCCUCACGUCACGUGGACUUUCUCUUUGACUGACAGGGAACACUGUUGCAUGUUGAGAGCAUGCUGGCCAGCACACACACACACACACACACACACACACAACCCCAGCUGCCUACUCGUAUGUCAAUGGUGCUAUUGCACAUUAACACAGUCACAUUCUCAUGUGUGUCUAACACGGCUGAGAGGAGAGAGAGGUAUGUCGUCUCCGGCCUGAAAUGGCUGCUCUGAUGACAGGCCCUGGCAGUGGCCCUCUCACACAUUGUUUCCUACGGGGAGAGCAGAUGGCUAAGCCCAGCUCGCCACCUGCAGGCGGCUGCCUGCACAACGGGGGCAUCACCACGGGCAUCACUGUAGGCCCUGGCAGCCCGGAAGGGGCAGGUUUCACACCCCAAGCACCAUGCCAGGGGUAGAGCAGAGGGGACCGGACGGGCAUCCGUACAAUAACACACUUUCCCAAACCCAGCCACCCCUUACGAAUGCAAUAAACGAAGACAAGAAUGUGAAUGUGCCCUCGUGAACAAACUGAACACAUACAACACAUACACUACCAGUCAAAAGUUUGGACACAACUACUCAUUCAAGGUUUUUCUUUA